AUGCUGAUUAUUACAAUUACUUUUCUAAAAUUACUUAUUUUGGUUACUCACCAACAACAAUACAAAGUUCGAUUUCAAUUAACUCCAUUCGGCAUAGAAUUUCAAAAUGAUAAUAUUAAUGAUCUUUAUUCGAAUCGAUUAAAUGUUCCUUCAAUUACUCGAUGUGCAAUGAUCUGUUCAACGGAGAAAAUAUGUCAAACAUUCGAUUAUGAUGCUUCAUCUCAUGUAUGUCGCCUAUUUUCUAGCUGGGCUGAUCAAGGUACAUUUGUUCCAUCAACAUCAUCAACUUCACGAGUCGGUUAUGUACAGCAAACCACCGAACUCUACUCGUUAUACCAAAAAUCAUGUAAUAUUUCACAUGAUAUUAACCGAUAUUUAUCUUGUACAAAUAAUGGCCUUUGGUCGUGCCAAACUGGACAGGUUUAUAAUGGAACAAUUUGUCAAGAAGAGAAUAUUUAUAGUUAUACCACAGUAAGCUAUGAACAACAGUGUCGUCAAAAUCAAACAAUGCAAUGGAAUGGUACACAUUGUUUAUCGAGUGUUAAUGGUUCAUCGAAUAAUCAACUAAAUUUUCCAUUUGAUCUAGCACGCGAUCCGAAUUCUGGCACACUGUACAUAUCCGAUUCUUGGAAUCAUCGCGUUAUGAGUUAUAUUGUAAAUGCAUCAUCCGGUACUGUAGUUGCUGGUGGUAAUGGACCAGGAACAAGUAAUACACAAUUAAACUAUCCUAUCGGUAUUUAUUUGGACUUAUCGUCGAAUAGUUUAUUCAUCGUCAAUUAUAAUUCCAAUAAUGUUGUUCGUUGGGUAUUAGGUGCCAGUAGUUGGACAAUAAUUGCAGGUAGUAGCAGUGGUAUCAAUGGUACUUCAUCAACAUUGCUCUAUCGUCCAAUCGGUAUUACAGUCGACUCCAUGGGGAAUGUUUACGUGGCUGAUGCAUAUAAUCAUCGAAUUCAAUUUUUUCUAGCUGGUUCAUUGAAUGGUACAACAAUCGCUGGUGUUACUGGAAUUUUUGGCACUGACUCCUUUCACUUUAAUUAUCCGUAUGCUCUAGCACUUGAUUCACAACUGAAUUUUCGAAGUGAAGUAGAAGAUGGUGCUUCAAUAUCGAAUCGUAUGAAUAUACUUGAUUUACCUAAUGAAAUUUUAUUUAUUAUUUUUCAAAAAUUGAAUAUGAUUGAUGUAUUUUAUUCAUGUAUUAAGGUUAAUCGACGAUUUAAUCGAUUAGUGCUUGAUUCUUUUUUUCUUCGUGAUCUUAAUAUGACUACUAUUAAUGACAUUAAUUCAUUGUACGAUCAGACGUCUUCAACAGAUCCAAAAGUUCUUUCAAGAAUUUGUGAGAAAAUAUUACCUCGAAUUUAUGAUCAAACAUAUAAACUUACCGUCAACGAAUAUUCAGCCAAAUACAUGUUCCUUGCUUCGAAUUAUUUAAAGCUAUAUUCAUUAUCACUUAUCAAUUUUCAGAAAGAAAUACUUCAUCAAUAUUUAACAGAUAAUUUAAUUCUACGUGAUCUUCUAACAAAUCAAAUAACACAUCUUAAUAUUGAUAUCAAAAACACAACAGAAAAUAGAUUCAAAAUUGGUCCAGAAAUUUUUCCAAAAAUCUUAUCUUUAUGUAAAAAUUUAACUGUUUUGAAUUUUUGUGAUAUGUUUUCUGAACGAAAUUUUGUGGUUUCUCUGACUGAUUUCUCAUGGAAUCAUUGUAUACCUUCAACUUUGAUUAAAUUAAGAAUUCAACUCUCAACUUUAGCUGAUUGUCUCCAUUUGCUUGAUGGACCUUUUGUUUGUUUAUCAACAUUAAUUAUUACUGUAACAUUUACUUUUCAUACGACAGAAUACAAGAAUCCAACAAAAAUUCCAAAAUUGAAAUAUUUUUCGUUAACUGCAUUGAAUCGCGUAGAAGAUUAUGAUGAUUUAAUUGUUCCAUUACUUCGUCGAAUGAUAAAUCUUGAAGAACUAAAAUUAUAUUUAUCAGUAGAUAGAUCUUAUUCGAAUUAUAUUGAUGGGAUUCAAUUAUACGAUCAAUUUCUUAUUUAUAUGACACAAUUAAAGAAUUUUACAUUUUAUAUCAAGACAGAGAUCUCCUUUAUGGAUGAUAUUAAAUUUGAACUUCAAUCAAACGAAGAAAUUCAACAUAGUUUUAUUGGAAGAGGAUAUCCACUAGUAGCUUCAUAUGUUAAUUCAAAUCCAUUUGCACUCGAUGGUGCAUGUUAUAUCUAUUCACUUCCAUAUGAUUUCGAAUAUUUUAAAGUCGACAAUUCAUUUCAAGGUGGUGCAUUUCACAAAGUUCGACAAUUCAUUUCAAGGCAAUUAACAUUAAUCACAUUUCCACAUCUUAAAUUUCUUGAUGUUAAAUAUGCACAUGUGAAUUAUGUUGCACGAUUUCUUUUGAAAAAAAGUAUGCAUUUACCUCGUUUAUCAAAUCUUUCCAUAGAAUAUGAGUUACUCAUGUUAAUAACAAAUAAUUUUACUAAUGAUCCAACAUAUUUUAAUUUUGAUAAAUUAAAAAGCCUUGAUGUAGGUCAGUCAUUUGUUCGUCCAAAAAAUUUUCAUCAAUAUUUUCCUUUAUUAUAA